AUGAAUUUUGGCAUUUUUAUGGCUCCGUUCCACCGGGUGGGAGAGAACCCAACCCUUGCUUUGCAGCGCGAUCUGGAACUCCUGCAAUGGUUAGACCGGCUGGGUUUUGACGAAGCCUGGAUCGGUGAGCAUCACAGUGCGGGCUGGGAAACCAUCGCCUCCCCCGAGGUUUUCAUGGCUACGGCAGCCGAACGCACUCACAACUUGCGGCUGGGCACCGGCGUCGUUAGCCUGCCCUAUCAUCACCCGUAUAUGGUGGCCAACCGGAUGGUGCUGCUGGAUCACCUCACGCAUGGGCGCGUGAUGCUGGGCGUCGGACCCGGAGCGCUGGCAUCAGAUGCCUAUAUGUUCGGCAUAGACCCGGCUCGCCAGCGCGAAAUGAUGGACGAAUCACUGGGAGCCAUCAAGCGAUUGAUGGAUAGCCCAGAGCCUUAUACCUAUACCAGCGAUUGGUUCGAGUUGCACGACGCUCACCUCCAGUUGCGGCCGUUUCAGCAGCCCUUCCCGCUGGUGGUUGCGUCCGUGCAGUCUCCCGCCGGCGUGAUGACGGCUGGCAAAUACGGCGCUGGCGUCAUUUCGUUAAGUGUGCCACGCGACAUGGUGCGGUCAACGUCAUUGCAAUCGCAGUGGGCAAUCGCCGAAGAGUCCGCCGCCGAGCACGGCCAAACCGUCAAGCGCGAAGAAUGGCGUCUCUCGGUGGGCGUGCACCUGGCUGAGAGCAAGAAAGAGGCGCAGGAGGACAUACGCGAAGGGUCGGCGCGCGUGGUUACCGAGUAUUUCGGCAACACCCUGGGCCAUGAGGUUCCCGACGUUCCGCGUGAUCAGAUUGUCGAUUUCAUGACCGACAACAAGCAAUGGAUCGUGGGUACUCCCGACGAUUGCAUACAGCGCAUCAACGAGUUGCAGGAAAUGUCGGGUGGAUUCGGCGGCAUGCUGGUACGUGCCGAGGACUGGGCUCCUCGCGACAAGUUGCACCGUUCCUACGAACUGAUGGCGCGCUACGUGAUGCCGCAGUUCCAGGGGUCGCUGGCCGGUAUCCAGCAGUCACAGCAGUGGGCGUCCGGCUUGCGCGACACGCUCCAGGUGAACCGCCGCGCCGGCCUCGAACGCGCCGCCGAGGUGUACGAGCAAAACCGCCAACAAAGCUAA